CCCGACCCGCCCAUCUCUCAAUCCUUCUGCAAUAUAAAAAUCCCUAGAAUUGAAAUUGAAUUUGGGAAUUGCAGAAUUUUUUUUUCAAUUGAAGCAGAGAGUCUUCAAAGCUCAACAAACGAAGCAAUCUUUUCACAAAAGAAGGCAAAGCUUUUCAAUAGAGAAGAUGAGAACCACAUUUGGGUAUCCCCUGGAAUUAGUGUACGCCCAAACUGGCACGAAGGAUACGGCGGUUAUCAAAAAAGAGUCAGUGGAAUUAUUGAUCAGGCCAUAGCAAUUCACUUCCCAGAGGCAAUACUUGUGGACAUCCUUAGCAGGUUACCUGUGAAGUCUCUACUUCGAUUCAAAUGUGUGUCAAAAUUUUGGGAAACGUUGAUCUCUGAGCCAUACUUUAAGAUGAAGCAUCUCAGUUGUGCCAAGAUUGACCAAGAUUCCCAGAAACUUCUUACUAUCCAAAUGUGCAGUAAGAAUCGUAUGUUUUCCAUGUAUUGUUGUCCUUUGUCGCCGGUUCAGCUGGUUGAGGAUGUACAUAAACUCAGUUUCCCUUCAAACCCUACGGUAUCACACUGCAUAAUCCAUUGUUGUUAUGAUGGCCUGGCUGUUAUGGAGGUUCGUGAUACUUUUAAAGCUAAUCACUCCACACUUUUGCUUUGGAAUCCCUCCACAAGAGAAUCAGCAGUACUUCCUUCUCCGAAAUUUCAAUGGGGGAGCGUUUCUUGUUAUGGUUUGGGUUAUGACGCAACCAGUGGUGGGUAUAAGAUCUUUCAGCGUUAUCAGGGUUGCUCUUUUCCUGGUGAAAUUCUCACGCUGAAAGGUGGCUCCUGGAGAAGAAUUGAUGAGCAUCCUCGUGGCAUUGACAACCGGUUCAUUUGCAGGCAGUUUUUGGCAUUUGUACAUGCGGCAUUUCAUUGGAUCAUUUACUCAGGAUAUCAUGCUGUGGCGGUGUCGUCGUUUAGUAUUUCAAAUGAAGUGUACGGAGAGAUACCGUUCCCGGAGGACAUGUCACCCUUGAAGGCGUUUAUUGGCAUUACAGAGUUGGAAGGAAUGCUUUGUGUUCAUUCUAAUUCUCUUUUUCCGGGUAAGCGUACUAUUAAGUUAUGGGUAUUGAAAGAGUAUGGUAUCAAGGAAUCUUGGAUUCCAUUCUUAUCUGUAGAAGAUCCUACGAAUGCUAUUUCUAUACCGAAAUAUAGGUUUGCAGAUGGUGAAGUGUUAUUCUGGUGCAGUGAAGGGGCUAUGUUUAGGACACGUUGUGUAGCAUGGCCUCGAUGUGAUACCAUAUUUGAUGGACAUGCUUUUAGAGAAAGCUUGAUUCCUCCAAUAUGUUGUGGACCAUUUGGAGCAUUGCAUCCAUGUGAUUCCAUAUGUGAUGGACAUGUUUUUACAGAAAGCUUGAUUUCUCCAAGAUCACUUAUUUAUUAGUUUCUUAUGUAUGAUUAAGGAGCUUUUCUUCUUCGUUUGUUGUCAUGUUACAACUCUUGCACUCUUAUUUUCACCAGUUUUUGGAGUACAAUGUCAUAUGGAACAGAGGUUUCUCUGCUUGUUGAAUGUGAGAAUUUGAAAAGAUUG